UCCGCGUCAUUGGUAUAACACCUUGCCUGUGAAGCUAGGUGCUAGAGGGAAAAGUACAGUUUACAGGCACCACAAGGGAUUAUUGUAACUCCGUCCACACAUAUACCAGGGAUGUUAGAAUGCCGAAACUUUUGUUUUCAAAGAUACGGUUCUAUACAAUUAAAGAUCUGAUGCAAAACGUGAAGCGACCCAGAAGGUCUGAUGUUAUUCUUAAUCGAAAUAGGCGUAAAAUGGACAUCCAGUGCCACAUGGUUCAAAAGACAAAUGAUGAAACAUAUCCUUCAAACCUGAGUUGUCAGACUGAUCAUAAACUCUACCCGACUCUUGAAGAGUUGCUACGCGAUAAAAAGUAUUUAGCAGCGUUCCGCAGCUUCCUGAAGUCAGAGUUCAGUGAAGAAAACGUUGACUUCUGGCUCUCGUGUGAAGACUUUAAGUCGACUGCCUCAAUGGACGACCUGGGCUGGAAAGCAGAGGGAAUCUACCAGAAGUUCAUCCAGCCCACAGCCUGCAGGGAGAUCAAUGUUGACCACCACAUUAGAGAGAAGAUCAAGAAGACUUUGGAGCAGCCAAGCCUCUCAUGCUUUGAUGAGGCCCAGAAACAUGUUUACCUGCUGAUGGAAAGAGACUCUUACCCCAGAUUCCUGCACUCAGAUGCCUACCUGAGUGUAAAGAACAAAUCCAGGACUCUCUGGUACAUUUAGCUCAGAUGGUUGUAUCAAAACAGCUUUUCUAAUCCUUGUUUUUUGUUCCCAUUUGGCUGAAUUUAAAAGUUAUUUCACAUUGUACGAGAUGUGAAGCUUUCAUCAAAACUGAGAUGGUAUAUUGACGAAAUGUUGUAGAGGAUGUUGAAGCAGGAGCAGAGAAAAGUGAUGUGAGUGGGAAAAUAAGUAAAUGCAAGUGGAGUAGAAAGAAUGCUGUUUGUAUGCAUCAGUAUAGUUUGGAUUGGUCGGAAAUAUUGAAAGUGUCGACGAAAAGUUUUAGUAAGUUAUAGAACAAAAUACAAAUGACAAGGAAUGACAUAAACAUGGUGUCUGAUAUGAAACAACCUAGUUUUCAUUAAACGCUGUACAAAACUUUACCAUCUUUAGCUACAAUUCAAGAGAUAAGUCUUUAUCUCUCAUCGUCCAUAACUGUUAAUUAAUGUUUUGUGUUGUUAAUGUACUGACUUGUUUUCAUAUAGUCAGAUUUUGAGACAAUGAUUUAAAUCUAUCUAGUUAGACAUGUGCGGAUGGACAUUAGUAAAAAAAAAAAAGAACAGUUUCCACCCAGCGAGGAGAUUCUGUUUUUGGUCACAUGUCUGAUAUAUCCUUUAAUGAGGUGCAGGGAUGACUCUAUACACCAGCAAUAGGGUUUACCAAACUGGAAAAAACUAACCCCGCGGUAACCCUUGAUCUCACUCAGUUCUGUAAAUGGCCUUAUUCCUCAGAAUUGUGCCUUAAAAAGGAGUACUGAGGCAGCUAAUAAUAACUCCAGAGGCUUAAACGACAACACUGGAGUCAUCAGACAACCUGAUGCGUAACAGAUCAGGCUGAAUGUGCUGCCUUGUUAGGGGAAUAAUCUCAUCGCCCGCAGACAAUGAUAGCAAAGAAACACAGAUGCUUUACGUGGAGAAAUACCAUGAAACAAGUAUACUUUGGAAAAAUACCUGACUGUUUAAAUAAAAGUAUUAAAGUGGAAAAUAAGCUUUUA